AUGGUCAACACGUGCAACGUUUGCAAGGUUUUUAACACGAAACCUUAUGGAGCUACAGCAACAGCAGACAUGCCACAGUUGACAGCGUGGAAGCCAGCAGAUUUUUUUUGGAGACUACAGGGGUAGAUUUUGCCGGACCUAUCGCUUUCAAGAUUACAAAGAAGGAGCAACGAAAAUGUUACAAUUUGCUGUUUACGUGCGCCACGUCGAGGGCGGUACAUUGAGGAAGACCCAGACGGCAGAGGAAUUUUAGAGAAAGUUAAAGUUGAUCAUAGAAAGGGGAACAAGGCCCAAGGUCAUAACAUCAAAUAACGGCACAGUAUUCCAGUCUACAUGAACUUGAAUGAAGAAAAUCGCGAAGAACGAAAAUUUACAGGACUGCCUAGCGAGACAAGACAUAACCUUAUCCAAAACUUAAUACAUAACUUAUUCAAAUCCCCUUGGGAGGGAGGCAUGUAUGAACGUUUGAUCAAGGAUGUGAAGAAAACCCUUCACAAGACACUGGACUGGACACACCUUACUUUUGAGCAACUCGAGGCUGUGGUUAUCGACGUCGAGAAGACUUUUUGAGCAACCGGCCCUUGACCUAUCUUGACAGCGAUGGAGGGGAAGAACAAGUUUUAAAUCCAGACAUUUUGAUGUGGGGGCAAAAUGCCCACGCCAAUGAGGGAGAAGAAACAAGUGCACUGAACAAGCGGCUGAGGGAAGCUAAAAACCAUGCUUGGAAUAGCUGGAGACAUGAAUAUAUCUAA